GGGCGGUGACAAUGACCUUUUAGUCCUCGAUCUGGGCAACGGAAACAUCGCCAAAGCCCACCAUGCCCCAUUGAACACCCUCUUGGUCCCCCCUGUUCGUCGCCGGUCGCCGCCCGGCCAUCUCCCAUGAACGCCGGCAGCGCCGCCAAGCUCAUCGUCGAGGCGCUCCUACAGCGCUUCCUCCCCCUCGCCCGCCGCCGCAUCGAGACCGCUCAAGCCCAGGAUGGACAGUAUCUCAGGCCCUCCGAUCCGGCUUAUGAACAAGUCUUGGAUUCGUUGGCAAUGGUUGCUCGGCAUACCCCCGUGCCUCUCUUGGAAGCUCUUCUUCGAUGGAGAGAAAGUGAAUCUCCAAAAGGCGCAAAUGAUGCGUCGACAUAUCAAAAAAAGCUUGCAGUGGAGUGCAUAUUUUGUUCUGCAUGUAUUCGCUUUGUGGAGUUUUGCCCCCAAGAAGGAAUUCCAGAGAAACUCUGGUCUGGUCUUGAAAAUUUUGUUUUUGAUUGGCUAAUAAAUGCAGACAGUAGUGUUGCAGGGUCGUGAGCCAGGUGGAUUAUCCUUCCUUGGUUGAUUUGCGGGGACUUCUAUUAGAUCUAGUU